AUGGGGUUGAAGAGAAUCGACAAAGAGGACUUCUGGGCGGAGGAUGUCGAGGAGGCCAAGUCCCUGAUGGCCAAACGCAAAAAGCAGGAAGAGGGUGGUGGAAAAGGAAAAAAGCCUAAGAACGACAUUCAGCCGUCAAGAUAUUUCCCUUCUCACCCCACUUCAUCCUCAUCUCUCCUUUACCAUUCGAAUGGACUGCAGGCGCAGUUCGAAAUGGUUGGUACUAUAGCGCCUGAAAAAAAUUGUGUAAACAGGGGUGAAAAGUAA